GUCUGAGGCAAGACCCUUCUGUGUAUAGACCAAUGAAAAUAGUGUGAGGAGCGAGGAAUACGGAAGUCAAGAACUCAUCAUCAACAACUUUUCGUCUGCUCAAGGAUAAAUAGAUGAGAUGUUGGCUUCUGUGCAAUUGUUCUUUUCUCAGUUAAUGAUAAAACAAUACAAAAAAAUAAAAGGGGGAAUGGAUACAGAAAGAACCGCGGCAAAACAAAAUUCCUCCAUGGAGAUUACCCAGAGUUUAGCAUCGACCGUUGAUGAUCCUGUCAUUCCCCCUGAUGUCCUGGACUCUGCAACAACACCACAGUUUCAGUCUUUACCUACUUCAUGGCUGGCAAUUCUCCUAACCUGCAUACAUGCAUCCGCCUUUGGUCUCUCUGUUGCUCUUGCUGUUUUUUGUUCGAUUAAGGAGAGUCAAUUUAAUUGCCAGAAAUAUAUUCAGACUCCAACUAUAAUUGUCAUUGCUAAGCUGGCUCUAUGGCUCCUAACAACGGUUUUUGAACGUUAUGUUCAGCACCAUCACAACUGGACCAGAAACAAAGGCUACCUGCAGUUUUACCGAUCCACAAGAAACCUCAAAUGUCUGCCAUUCUUCAUACACAGUGCAGGAAAUGCAGUCUUUCUGCUCAUACUGUCAUCUAAAAGUAUGGAACACUUGUACGUGUACCUCAUGCUGGGUGUCCUGAUGUUGGAGCUUUGCUUUUCAAUUCCGUUCCUUCUCUUUUACGUAGUGAAGGUAAUGCACUUCAACACAAAGAAACUAGCAGCAGACAUCAACCAGGAAGGGCUCUCAAAGAUCGACUUCAGGAAUAGCUCAAGUGUGGAAGUUAUGGAGAAGCAAGCAGAUUUAAUAGAGUAUCUGAAGCAACAGAAUAGAUUACUUAGUGAACAGCUUCUGUCCUUGACAUCAAAGCAGGUCCGUGAUUGAAGACACACAAAAUAAAAGGGUAAAAAUAGAGCUCAAUACAUAUUUGGCAAGUAAGGGAGCUCUGAAAAAAAUGCAUUUGGAUUAAUGUGAGCAGAUUUCUGUUGCUUGUGUUUUUAAUUUAUACUACUAAGGGAUUUUAAUAGUACAACAAACCCAUGGUAAUUAAAAAAUAAAUAAACAAAAUAGUUUUUUAAAACAAAAAAAAAGUUUAAUUUAUAACUGUGACAUGUUACAAAAUGUGUUUUUAAGAUAUUGGUGUAGUUUGUGACACUAAUAUAUGGUUAACCCUCUAGUUAAUGCUUUCAAAACAGCCCCAUAAAUUACCUACAUAGUAUGUUUUGGUAUCUGAGAGCAUUUUUUGUAUAUUUUUAUUUUUUUUUGUUGUUUUUCAUUUCUUUCAUUUAAGCAGUUAAUUGCUAUUGUUACAUUUUGUUAUUUAAGCAUUGCUGCACUAAAAUGACAAAUGUGUGAGUUUUCUGUUCUUGUUAGGAAUUAUGUAGGCUGUGCUUAUUCUAAAAACAGUCAGAAUGCCUUUCCUAUAGGACUUACUUUGUCAGCAAUGAUCUUGGAUAAAACUUACCAAAAAAUAGGCUUAACAGUACAUCAUUUGUUUAACAUAAGGUUAAAACUAUUUGUAUUUUUUAUUGUACAGUGUUUUCUGUGAAGAAUAUUGACAGGCCAAAUACUGCCUAUUUUUUUUUUUUAAAUCAAUAUAACAU